GUUUUUUUCGUAACUUACUAAGACCGGGAGCCGGAGGCUGAUUAGGAACUGCGGAGUCUUGCGCUUCUGCCUGCCUUCUGCUUAUUUUCCCUUUCACCUAGGGUUUUCACUUUUCAGUCUUCGCUCUCGCUCGGCGCUUCCACUCUUCCUUUCAGCUCGCUCCUUCGGCGCAUCCUUCUACUCCUCUGAGCUCGGAUUCGGCGAGUAAACAUGGACCAGCAUGAAAGCAAUAAUAACAACGGUGAGGGUCUCCCCGGCGGAGAAGCCGACGACGCUCUUCAAUCGAUCGACCACCACAAUGAUGACGACAGGUCCUUUUCUCACACUGGAGAUGGAGCUAGUCCCGGAAAGAUUUUCAUUGGUGGUUUAGCAAGAGAGACUACGCCUGCUGUAGCUCAAUUUAUCAAGCAUUUUGGUAAAUAUGGUGAAAUUACGGAUUCUGUCAUAAUGAAGGACCGAAAAACCGGUCAACCUCGUGGAUUUGGGUUCGUCACCUAUGCAGACCCUUCUGUUGUUGAUCAAGUCAUUCAGGACACACAUAUUAUUAAUGGGAAACAAGUGGAAAUCAAGCGAACAAUACCAAGGGGUGCUGCUGGGCCUAAGGAUUUCAAGACGAAGAAAAUUUUCGUCGGUGGAAUUCCUUCAGCAGUGACUGAAGAUGACUUGAAGGAAUUCUUUUCGCAAUUCGGGAGCAUUGCAGAACACCAGAUCUUGAGGGAUCAUUCUACCAAUCGUUCUCGUGGCUUUGGGUUUGUUACCUUUGAGGAAGAAGAUGCAGUUGAUGAACUUCUUACAAAGGGAAAUCGGCUCGAAUUUGCUGGAACUCAGGUUGAGAUCAAGAAGGCAGAACCAAAGAAGCCUAACCCACCAACUCCUUCGUUUAAACGUUAUGGCGAUUCAAGGUCAACGCCUCGUGGUGGAUAUGGUGAUACCUAUGGUGGACUCGGAGGCCACGCGUAUGGAGGUGGUGGCGGCAGUGCCAAUUUAUACAGAUCAGGUGGCGGUGCAUAUGGAGGCGGCAGGAUGAGUGCUUAUGGUGGAUAUGGCGCUGGUGAAUAUGGUGGCGGAGGAUAUGGAGGAGGGUAUGGCGGUGGCCCUGGUGGUGGUGGCGGCAUAGGAGGUCCUUACAGAGGAGAACCGUCUGUUGGAUAUUCAGGACGUUAUGGCGGCGGCGGAGGAGGAGGAUACAGCAGAGGAGGUUACGAUAUGGGCGGAGGAGGUUAUGGUGCUCCUGCCGACAGCUAUGGCAGUGGGGGUGGUGGUGGGUACAUGGGCGGUGCACCUGGCCCUGCUGGUGGCUAUGGAGCUGGUGGUUAUGAUGCUGGCCUUGGUGGAGGCUAUGGGGGCGGUGGCAGUGCCAGUGGUGGAGGUUCGUUCUAUGGAAGUAGAGGUGGGUAUGGGAGCAGCAGUGGUGGGUAUGGCAGCGGCGGAGCUGGCGCUGGUAGGUACCAUCCUUAUGGAAGAUAGAAGAGUGUGGUCUGUCGUGAGUUGAGAGAUUAGUUGAUUUGAGUUGAGGGGAAGAAGCUCUGCCAUCCACCCAACUUUGUCAAAUCUGUUUUAGCUUUGGAAUAUUCCCAAGUUAUCGUCGAGUAGGAAAAGGGUGUUGUUGUAUGUUUGUUCCUCCUACCCCGGAGAGUUUUUUGCUUCACUUUCUGAGUAUACAGACUAGCUGGUAGUGUUGGUGAUUGAAUGGUAUUUCUUUGGAUCAUUUGGGCUGUGAUUUGUAUUCUUUCACUUGAUCAAAUUGAGUUGAAAACCUUGCCCCUCUUUUAGUUUAAAUCGAGUUUCACUUCUUUAAACUCA